AUGUCGGUGACCCUUCACACCACCCUCGGCGACAUCAAGAUCGAAGUGUUCUGCGAUGUCACUCCUCGUGCAGCGGAAAAUUUCCUAGGCCACUGCGCCAGCGGAACAUACAACGAUGUCAAGUGGCAUCGUAACAUCAAAUCAUUCAUGAUCCAGACUGGCGAUCCCACAGGCACAGGCAAAGGCGGCCAAUCCAUCUGGGGUAAGCCAUUUCCAGACGAGAUCAGGUCACAGCUCAAGUUCGAUCGACGUGGCAUCGUCGCAUGUGCCAACGCCGGACCGGACACGAACAAGUCGCAAUUCUUCAUCACCUACGCAAAGCAACCGCAUCUGGACGGAAAGUACACGAUCAUCGGGAAGGUGAUUGAUGGUGCAGAAGAUGGCGGGACAUUGGAUGCGAUGGAGAGUGUACCCGUGGAUGCGAAGAAUAGACCGACGAGUGAGAUCAGGAUGACGGCAGUCACGAUACAUGCCAAUCCUAUUGCGAGUAAAUCCACUCAGCCAUAA